AUGUCCAACCCCUUUACUCACAGCUACUACAUGGAGAGUCAUACCUUAGACCCUGACGACUGGCUGACGGAGCUGUCCGAGCGGCCCUCUGACGGGGGUGGCUGUAUGCAGGACGGCCCGAGCGUUCUGCAUACCUCCUACCCGUUGGGGGGCUGUUUGGACAGCUCUAUUAGUCACUCGUUCGGGGCCUCGGGGGAUUCUCCCGGCUGUGGGUCUGCGCUGUCCCUUUUUGAGGCCACUCCGCACCCUAGCGGUGAAACACCCUGGGAGUCCCACCAGGACUUGGAUGGGUGCGCCUCUGUGUCCUUUGGGGUUGUGGCCAAGACACUUAAUUACACUCCGCAGGAGGCCUAUCGCAUCCUCAAGGAGACUGCGCUUAAACGGGCUCUACCUCCCCCCGUCCAGCCCUGUGGAUCCCAGCAGCGCUUCCGUUGGACCGGCGAGUUCAACGAAACCAUCCUUUGUGCGUACAAGUAUCUGGGGUCAGAAAGCGCUAGACCUGUGUCUAUUCUCACACUCAUUAGGGAGGCUCUCCCAAACCUCCCUGUCACCAGGCAGCAGGUAGAGUCUAGGCUUCAAAAGGUGCGUAUCUCUUUACGCAGAGCCUAUGGGCUUCCCCCCACGGGAGCUCUAAGCAAUUGCCACGUCCCGAAGGACAUCAACAGGAGACGUUAUGAGAAUCUCAAAGGACUAUGGGAUAGAAACAGGGCCAAACGCAUGGGCCUUGGAUUAUCAACUCACUAA